AUCGGGGCCAUGGCUUCAGCGCUCGGGACGGCUGCCCCGUGCCUGCCCGAGGGAGCCGGAGGGCGCGCUCCUCUGCGGGGUGCCUCGGGCGCGCUCCCGCCCGGCUGCGCGCGCUGCCUUGCUCCGGAGCACCGCAGUGUUGGGAGCGAGGAUUGGCUGGGCACUGCUGCAGUGGGGACGCAGCCUCGGGUGUUCAGCCUCGCUGCUCGCCUGAUGUGCUGUUAGGAUGAGCUGGGACACGCGGGUUAAUUGGCAGCUCUGAGGAGCUUCUCCUGGAGAGGUUCAUCUUUAGCUUUCCUCUUAAGCGCAGCGUCUCGGCUUCUCUGUCCAAGCAGUCUCCAAAGCUCAGCGUCUCGGCUUCUCCGUGCCAGGGGUCUUGUGCUUUGUCUGUUGCCAUCAGAUUUCUGAGGCUCUGGUACAAUGAGCUGCUUGUCAGGCCAGGCACGACUGCAGUAGCAGCAAUUUCAAAAGGCAGGAAGCGUCCGCAGGAGCGGUUUGUAAAGAAUUUGAGCCCGUGGAGUCGCUGGGUUGAACCUCCCGCUGGCUGCCGUGCCGAUUCCCAUCUUGGGGGUGCUUGGUAGUGCAGUCACACCAUCCUUGGCAGCGGGCAGCUCGUGAGCACUUGGGGUUUCCCUGCCUGGGAUGCUCGCUGGAGCAGCAAUGCUGCAGACCCUUUGGCAUUUUCUAUCUAGCUUCCUUCCCAGGGCCACGUGCCAAGGUCCUGCAGAUGAAAAAGAGGAUGAGGCCAGAAACACCACCCCACUUCCAGGCCCCGGGGAGAAAGGGCCAAAGAUGUUGGGGAAGCCACAGGACAGAGGGACUGAUCCCACUGAAAGGAGACCAACUAUCCUACUGGUGGUUGGACCCGCAGAGCAUUUUCCAAAGGAGUUCUCCACCUACCGCCAGUGGAAGCAGAAAAUUGUGAAGGCUGGAGACAAGGACCUGGAUGGACAGCUGGAUUUUGAGGAAUUUGUUCACUAUCUCCAAGAUCAUGAAAAGAAGCUGAGACUGGUCUUCAAGAGUUUGGAUAAGAAGAAUGAUGGCCGUAUUGAUGCCCAGGAGAUUGUACAGUCACUUCGGGACCUGGGUGUCAAGAUCUCUGAACAGCAGGCUGAGAAAAUACUGAAGAGAAUAAGGACGGGACACUUCUGGGGUCCUGUCACCUACAUGGAUAAAAAUGGGACAAUGACAAUUGAUUGGAAUGAGUGGCGAGACUAUCACCUGCUGCACCCGGUGGAGAACAUUCCUGAAAUCAUCCUGUACUGGAAGCACUCCACGAUCUUUGAUGUAGGAGAGAAUUUGACGGUCCCUGACGAAUUCACAGUGGAAGAGAGGCAGACAGGGAUGUGGUGGAGACAUCUGGUUGCAGGUGGAGGUGCAGGUGCUGUGUCCAGAACCUGUACAGCUCCCUUGGACCGCUUGAAAGUGCUCAUGCAGGUUCAUGCCUCUCGCAGUAACAACAUGUGCAUCGUUGGCGGUUUUACUCAAAUGAUCCGAGAGGGUGGGCCAAGGUCACUGUGGCGAGGGAAUGGCAUCAAUGUGUUGAAGAUUGCACCGGAAUCUGCCAUUAAGUUCAUGGCCUAUGAGCAGAUCAAGCGGUUCAUUGGUACUGACCAGGAAAUGCUGAGGAUCCAUGAGCGGCUGUUGGCUGGUUCUCUGGCUGGGGCCAUUGCCCAGAGCAGCAUCUACCCCAUGGAGGUUCUGAAAACACGGAUGGCUCUAAGGAAGACAGGACAAUAUUCAGGCAUGUUGGACUGUGCCAAAAACAUCCUUUCGAAGGAGGGAAUGGCUGCCUUCUACAAAGGCUACAUCCCCAACAUGCUAGGAAUCAUUCCGUAUGCUGGUAUUGACCUGGCAGUCUAUGAGACACUGAAAAAUGCCUGGUUGCAACGCUAUGCUGUCAACAGUGCUGACCCUGGAGUCUUCGUUCUGCUGGCUUGUGGCACCAUCUCCAGUACCUGCGGGCAGCUUGCCAGUUACCCACUGGCUCUCGUGAGGACACGCAUGCAGGCCCAAGCUUCAGUGGAAGGUGCUCCUGAAGUGACGAUGAGGGGACUGUUUAAACACAUUCUGAAGACAGAGGGAGCAUUUGGUCUUUACCGGGGUCUGGCGCCAAACUUCAUGAAGGUGAUCCCAGCUGUAAGCAUCAGCUACGUGGUUUAUGAAAACUUGAAGAUGACUCUGGGUGUGCAGUCACGGUGACCAGGAGAUGCUGAGGACUUUGAACUCUGAAAUCUUGGGGUGCAAUCCCAAGACGUAUAGCCAUCUCUCAUUCUGUGAAUGUGUUGACACUAAGCUGACUAAGCAAAGCUGUGAAAUCUCAGAUAGUUUGUGAGUCAGUAAGGGGGAGGGGAGGAUCUGAUGUCCUUUGCCAUCUUGCUACUCAGAGCUUCACAUAAACCAUUAUGUGGUCCUUUUUGUUGGGCCUUUUGGGAGACCAGGAGAUGAACUCCUGGGAGAAUCUUAAGGCACAAGUUGCUGAGGUCAGUUCCCAGCAGUAUGACAGAGUAGCAAAGAUUUGGGUAACAGGUCUUCUUGCAGUGUAUUGCGUGUACAGAGCUGUUUGCCUGCAGAUGAGCACCUUCUGACUCGCUGGAAGAGCUUCUUUUUCCAUUCAGAGAGCUUCUUUUUCCAUUCAGUUGUUUAACUUCCUACCCAUUGUUUAAAUUUGUACAAACCUUGUGUAGGAGCUGCUGCCACACCAGGCUUGUUGUUAUGUUUACAUAUAUUCCUUUGGGUAGGAGACAUUCAUGUUCUGCCUCCAAGACUUGACAUGAAAUGUAACUGAACUAUACUGGUUUUGAGGGCUGGUGGGCAGUGGUUUAUCCAUUCAGGCUGAAUGUUACUUAGGCCAGCCUGAUGAAGAAUUAGGAUUAUUUAUUUUUUGUAGGUGUAUCUCAUAAAUCCACUAACAAGAUGCACUUACUAACAGAAGCAGCAGACUAGAGCCUGCAUGCCUGUAUCCUUUGCAUGCCGGGAUUGGCUUGUCUUAUACUCAGCAGGGGCUUGGAAAGGGGAAGACAGGAGAACCCUGGAUGGACUGGCACCUUGAUGCAUGGCUUUAGUGCACAAAAAGACAAUAUUUCACAGCUCCUGUGCAGUUGUGCUCCCAGCACGACACGAGAGCCCCUGUGCAGUGUUGCAUGGACCACUGAAUUCCAUUCUGCCUGGUGCCAAGGAUAGUUGGUGGACCUUUUCCAAACCCUGUGCCUAUGCUGCUAUCUAUCUCUUUAGACCUCUUUGUAGAUUGAUGUUUCAGGUUUGCAUUAGUGAGGUGGAGUCCCCAAGCCAGGAGUAUGUCUGCUGUGGGAAGGGGUGUGAGGGAGAGGGGCUGGUUGUCACUGGGAGAGCUGAGCUUUCAGUCCUUAAGAUGCGCUUGCUUUUCUUUCAAAGGGUGCUUUUCAUAAGGCUAAGGGAAAGAGAUGGCUUUAAAAUUUCUCUGACUGUGUUAUGGGCUACUUUAGUUGAUAGGAUCUAGCUUCUGAGGCCUGAGAGAUCCUCAUCCAACGUUUCAUUUUGGGCAAAACGGACCAGCGUUGCAUUCCACUGUCUUACUGCUUAAAGCAUAUUUAUUUUGUAUUUAUUUGAACAGAGUUAUGUCAGACUAUUUUUAUAGACUUGUUUAAAUAUUGUUACUGUGCUUGUAUUUCUUCUGUUUUAAAAAGUUCUCUAUUUGUUCUCUUACAUCACACAGCUGAGUUGUGGGGAGGGAUGCUGAAGUUGCUUGCGUACCUUCCCUUUGGGGCUUGAGCUGCCUUUCCCACAUCUGGGGUUGUUGCUGGAGGACCUCAGCCCAGAGAAAUUCUGUAGCAGGAAGCCGUAGGAGAGGAGGGAGCUGGUGAGGAAGCAGUACCUUGGGAGGAGGGAGAGGGUGCAUGGUGAGGCUCGCCUUAUUUUGGAAUUGCCUCUGUGUGUGGCUGGAAGGGUUUCAGGUGGAUGGCUGAAGUUGGGGAGAAGGUCUGUGUAUGUUGGAUGUCACAACGGCUAAUGGAGAGCGAUCUUGGGGAAUCUUUAGGUAAGGGGGGGAGGGGAGAAAUCUCAGGGACUAAAGGAAAUACAAGUUUCCAGACAUGGAAGGAAACUUGCCCUCGGACACAAGCUGCUGCAGUUGUGCUUUGAGGCUACAUCAGCAGGCACUGCUGCUGAGCCAGUGCUCUUCUCAUGCAAGCGGGCACUGUGGAGAAGUGUGUGAGAAGCCAGAAAAGGGUUUGCUAGCACUCAGCAGCUGCCUUUUUGCUGACAGAAUCUGGUCGUUCAUGGAGAGUCUUCCAAGUGAGGCCUUGACUAUCCAGUGCUGUCAGCAGUUAGCCACAUGGUAAUCUAACCAAUAUGGAUUAGUGGUAUGAUUUUUUUUUUUUUUUUCCACUCCCUGCUUCUUGAGACCUGUCACAAAUUCUGCAGUGGCUCCUUCCUACCAGUGUGGCCUAAUGGGAAUACGAAUAUCAGAAUGCAAAAAUCAAUGCAAAAUGACAACCAUCUUUGUAGCUGUAACCACAAAUUGUUAUAAUGCAAAUCUAACUUGGAUUCUUCAUGUAGGGAACAGUCUGCUAAUAAAGGUCUGUCAAAGAGA